AUGACAGCUGAAGAAGAUCAGGCCCUUGGCCGUGCCGACUAUUGGGAUAGCCGCUAUUCCAAGUCGGACGGAGAGGCGCCGACGCACGAGUGGUUUCGCGCCUUCUCUGACCUGGAGCCUUUCUUCCGCAAAAAUCUUUUUGGCCUGCAGAGCUUCCAGGCAGAAGACAACCCACUGAUUCUGCAUCUUGGGUCUGGAGACAGUGUUGUCCCCGCCGAAUUAGCGUCUCGCGGCUACAGACGACAGCUAUGCAUCGAUUUCUCCCCUGUCGUCGUUGAACUUAUGACGGAACGCCACAGCAAGGUGGAAGGGAUAGAAUGGAAACACAUGGACGUACGCAAUAUGGAUAUAUCCGACAAGUCUAUCGACGUUGCCUUUGACAAGGGAACACUGGAUGCCAUGAUACAUGGUAGUCCCUGGAGCCCUCCCAGCGAAGUCAAGGAUAAUACAAGUAAAUAUAUGAGAGAGGUCCACCGAGUGCUGAAGGAUCAUGGGGUGUUUCUAUACAUCACCUUUAGACAACCUCACUUCAUAAAGCCACUGUUAAACCCAGAUGAUUUGUGGGACAUGGACAUGCAGGUGCUCGGAGACGGGGGCUCCUUUGACUACUACGGAUUUGUGAUCAAGAAAAACCCCAACUCUUUGGAAGCUGUUAAUAAAGGAAUAUGA